AGAAAAGUGCGUUUUACAAUGAUUAGUGUCAGAGGAGAGGGAGAUUAUACCGCUCUACACAACUGUUGUUUUAAUCCUCUGGGCGAAGAGAUUUAGCAAAGAAAAACACUGGCUUUAAUAUCUAGCAGCCAUAUUGUAUGGAAAAGCGACGGAAAGGCGCUUCUUGUCCGUCGUUUUACCAAACCGUUUACUAUAAAAGCUGAAGUUUAAUUUUCCACUUGGUGACGUUGUGUUGCAGCUAGCUCACAGCUGCCUGUGUUUUACACAGAUCUGGACUCACUUUGAAGGAGAUUUUCAGCGUUUAGGGUUGAGCUUUUUGUAAAGAAGGUUAGAAGUCGCCUGAAAGAUGAAGGAUCGAUUGGAGCAACUCAAAGCGACGUGUGAUCAAGAUGACGAUGAGGUGGAGAUUGCUGUGGACAAUGCAGCUUUUAUGGACGAGUUUUUCUGUCAGAUUGAAGACAUCAGAAGCAGUAUUGAUAAAAUUGAUGAGAAUGUGGCUGAAGUCAAAAAGCUUUACUCUGUCAUUCUAUCUGCUCCCACAUCAGAUCAAAAAACGCAAGAUGACCUUGAGGCAAUCACCAAUGACAUCAAAAAGAUGGCAAACAAUGCAAGGAACAAACUCAAGACAAUCGAGAGGAAUCUGGAAUCUGAAGAGCAGGAGAGGAUUUCGGCUGAUAUGCGAAUACGAAAAUCACAACAUGCAGUACUUUCUAGAAAGUUUGUGGAGGUAAUGACAAAGUACAAUGAAGCCCAGGUAGAUUUCAGAGAGCGGAGUAAAGGGAGAAUUCAAAGGCAGCUAGAGAUCACCGGGAAAGCGACAACAGACGAGGAACUUGAGGAAAUGCUGGAAAGUGGUAAUGCGGCUGUCUUCACUGCAGGGAUUGUAGACUCUGGGAUUUCAAAACAAGCUCUCAGUGAAAUUGAAUCCAGACACAAAGACAUUGUCCGUCUUGAAAGCAGCAUCAAGGAGCUGCACGAUAUGUUUGUUGACAUCGCCAUGCUGGUAGAAAGCCAGGGUGACAUUGUAGACAACAUUGAGCAGAAUGUAUCAAAGUCGGUGGACCACAUUGCAGAUGCUAGAGAAGAGACAAAAAAAGCAGUAAGGUACCAGACCAAAGCCCGCAAGAAAACUGUGAUUCUGGUGGUGGUUGUGGUCAUCUUGCUGGCCUUACUAGCUCUCAUAAUUGGGUUGUCAGUGGGAUUGAAAACAUAAACUUUAACAUCAAAACUAAUGAAGAUCAUUAUGGUCAUCAAAUCAUCUUCCAAUCUAAACCACGGAUACUCUCACCUACCUCCUGAUCUCCCCACCCAGUCAUUACUCGCUCAUUUUAAGACACAUUUCAACUAUUUCCAUUGUAAUCACUGAAUGCCUGCAAAAAUGAUGACGCCACUGAGCACCUUAUGGUGUGAGGAUGAAAUGAGGAAAUGAGACUGCACUGACCUGUACUGUUCUACUGUACAUGAGAGGAAGAAAGAAAGAAUUCAAAAAGAAAGUUUGCUUAUGUUGCUGAGCACUGUUUUCAACAACAUAUUGUGCCAAAGAAUCAAUAUAUUAAAAUGUAUAUUAAUAGAAGGAUGAAAACCUCACCUAACGUUUUAUUGUAAUGAUUGUUAAUGCUAGCUACUGUCAUUUGUACUGUGAGUUUGACUUCAAGUCAUAGCACUUUCACAUUUCAUUGUCUUAACUACUGAUGUGAACAUUUUAUCAUGUUGUAUAUAACUGUUUUAUGUGAAAAGUUCUAACCAUGUUUUGAAGAGGAUUGGUCUGCACACCUAUGAUUCUUCAGCGGGUAAAAGAUCACAUUGUUUUUUAUGUGGAUGCGUUUGGACUGGUCAUGACUCAUGACAGAUAUGAACUGUGUUUAAAUAGACAAUGUCAGUGUUGGCUGUUGACUGUUAAUAUCACUAAGCUAACAUCAUAAGGGACAUAUAUGUAGUUCAUCAUUUGUUGCUACUGUUUUUUCUCCAAAGGGAGCCAGACAAUUCUGAGGCAUAUUUAUAUGAACAUCUAAUCUAGUGAAUUUAUAUUUCAAAAUACCCCAAGCAAACCUCGUCUAUAGUGAAAUGUCAAAAGUUCAAAAUAAAUAUAGAUUUAUUUGUUUUAGUUACUGUGUGAUAUUCUUUUAUAAUGUAAUGGCUGUCCAUUUGUUUUGAUGACUGAGCAUGUUAACAAUUGUUUAAAAAUAUUUCUCCCUAGAGUGCGUAAAGGCGGUAAGUGUUUCAGUUUUUAUUUUCUCACACACUUAGUUCUGUCUUACUACUGUUCCCCUUUUUUACCCAGUUUCCUCAAUUUCCAUUGUGACUGUGAAUGAAAGUUAAGUGUACGUAUUUGGAUCGUGUGUGUUUCCCCAUUUCACUCACUGGUAUCUCUUUUCUUAAUAAAUCUACAGAAAAAGAUGAUGAUUACCUUAUGCUGUGCCAUCAUUGGAAUAGUUGGAUUCUCCUAUCUCUACAGUUUCUUCUCCUAAACUGAGAGGUUGUUUUCAAGAUGAAGAAAUAGCCCAUGUUUCCCUGAUCAUUACUGGAGAAAUGUAUUCUUCUUUUUUUUUUUUCUUCCUCUCCCUGCAAUAAUGGUAUGACUUUAUCUUGAAUGGAAAGUGUGUGGAUUUUUAUCUGUCAGUCUGCUGUUCAGCCUGUUAGUAAAACAGAUGGCUGAACACGUGACUUUUCUAAUCAGUGUUGGUGCCCUCUGUUGGUGCAUUAUAAAUAUUUGACUUUUUUUCAUAAGUACAUUCGUGCAUUUAAACAAGGGCCUAGCUAUGCUUUAGUAGUUUUUUUUUUUCUUUUUCUUUUUUUUUUUUCUGACGAAUAGGCUAUUGUGUGCUUCUUUUAAUGCUUUUGUGAUGGUGUAAUAGUGGCUGUUAUGUAAUAAAAGGUUUGGUUUGCUGUGA